UUAUGUCCCUUGUCCGUCACCUGCUGCCUUUCAUGUCCGGCUGUGUGCAGCAACCACAUACCUACAUAUACCUAGUCCGUGCCCGAAAAGUCUUGUGAUCGAUAUCCGUCAGGCGCGCUUUUAGAAGCCGUCACUUUAUAGAGCGUUCGUAUAGCUGCUAGUUUGUGUGAAAAGAAUUGCUCGUAAAGAUACACUUUAACAAAUAGUGAACACAAACAACAGGUAGAAAAACAAAGAAUGGGACGCAAGUUUACUGUCUGUGCGGCCGUUUGGCUGGUGAUAGGAAUUGUGUUUCUUUGUACAGGAUGUGUUUUGAUAUACGUCUUCGCAAAACUGAUUCGAAAUAAAAUUGAUAGUAGCUUGCCUUUGAAGACUGGAUCAGACAGCUACAAUGACUGGGUCUCCCCACCAGCACCAAUUUUUUUUCAGAUUUGGGUGUUUGAUGUAACUAACCAUGAUGAGGUUCUUAAGUUGGGAGCCAAGCCAAAUCUAAAUCAGAUAGGACCCUUUACAUACAGGGAAACGCGUCGCAAGGGAAAUAUCACCUUCACUGAUCAUGAUACAGUGCUGUACAGAGAAAAGCAAUGGUUUGUAUUUGAUCGAUCUUUAUCCUGCUCCAAGUGUGACGAAACAAGAAACUUCACUACUGUGAACCUGCCCAUGCUUACGAUUGCAAAUUUGGUGCAAUAUGAGUAUAACGUUGUCAAGGAUAUUGUCGACUUUAUGUUGAGGCUAAGCAAGGAACAUCUAUUUAUAAACUUAACAGUGGCAGAUCUUCUGUGGGGUUAUGAAGACAGUCUGCUGAAGGAUGCAAAAACAGUAUUUGGCCUUUUCAACAUCUCAUUGAAAAUGGAUGACAAGUUUGGACUCUUUUAUCAGAAAAAUGGAAGUGAUACAGGACUGUAUGAAAUCUACACAGGAACUGACAGUCUUGAUCAUUUUGCAGAGAUUUUGAGGUGGAAUGGCAACGAAACAUUGGACUUCUGGACAACCCCAAUUGCCAACAUGAUAAAUGGAUCAGAUGGAACAAUGUAUCCCCCGUUUAUCGACACCUCAAGAGCUUACUACCUUUUCUCUUCAGAUGUCUGCAGAUCUUUGGAAAUUCGAUAUGUAAAUGGAUAUGAGCUGAAGGACAUUGACCUGGAUCGAUUUGUGGUACCAUCAAUGGUGUUUGCAAAUGCAUCUGUGAACCCAGAUAAUCUGGGUUAUUGCACUCCACAUGCCCCUGAGAACUGCCUGCCUUCAGGCAUUCUCAAUGGCAGCAAUUGUCAGAAUGGUGCUCCCGUUAUAUUUUCUUUGCCACAUUUUCUGUAUGGAGAUGAAACAAUCCAAAAUCGAGUUGAUGGAAUGCAUCCCAAUCAAGAAGAACAUCAAAGUGUCAUCGACAUAGAGCCAAUGACUGGUGUGGUGAUGAAUGUUGCAAAGCGUCUCCAAAUAAAUGCCUAUGUCCACAAUAUCUCCAACAUUAUUGAUGUUCAAAAUAUCCAUGACUACAUCGUUCUGCCUAUACUGUGGUUGAAUGAGAGCGCAGAAAUUGACGACAAGUCUGCCAGUGAUUUCAAGAGUAAAGUCUUAAAUCCUCUCAAGAUCACAGAGGGCGUCAAGUAUAGUCUCAUUGCUGUUGGAGGCCUCAUUGUUGUUGUCUGCCUCAUCUGCGUUAUUAUUAAAUGCAUGUUCUACAAAAAGAGAGAGACAGAGUUGAUGCCAGUCACAGAAACGACCCCGAUUUUGCAAGGCUCCUGAUUUUGGAAGUUAGUUAAAUUGAAGGAGUUUCAUCAGUACAGGGUGCCUUCUGCAAGAGAGAGAGAGAUUGCCUUUCAAUUUGUGGAACUGUAAAAGGCAUUUUCUUACACAAAAAAGUUUUUCUUAUGGAUGCUUAAAGUUUGAAGAAAUAGCUACAAUUUUUGAUAUAUUUCAAGGAAUCUUUGUUUAACUUUGAGAGAUAGUAUUACACUAUUGUUUUAAUUGGGGCAUUGAUGUCUGCAUUUACACUAGUAGUCAUUGUAAACAUUUUUUAGAAUUUUUAUUCUAUACAAUUCCCUGUGUUGGUAAGGGUAUUUUCUUAUGUGCCAGUAUUAAACUGAAAUUCAAGGUUUAUAGGUGGACAUAGAAGAAGGCCUUGUUUUUAAUCUUUACUUAAAAUAGGAGCAGGAUUGAAAAAAAAGAAGAAAUAUCCUUGAAGUGCAUUACUUUUUUCCAAUGUGAAAUUUUUCUGUUAAAAUAAACAGUUGCCUGUGUUACAGUGCUAUCCCCCAGAUUAGCUUAUAUUACAUGAAACUAUUCAAUAGAUUAUUUUGUAGUGGAUAUAAAACAUAUGACUGGACUAUUCUUAACUGGUUUUGCAACAACAUUCAUUCUUAGUAUUGGUGCAGAAGAAUUAUUUAUGACACAAAUCAAAAAACAAAUUAUGAACAUGAGAGGUAAUAGUUUUUAUGCAAAGGACAAGGAAAACCAGCCUUAGCUCAUAUUCCCCUUUUAAGCUUUGAUUCUUGUAUCUUUCACAAUUUCAGCUUCUAUGAAUAGCCUUUUGUGCAUUUUAACAGUUGGGAAUGAAGAUGUUCUGUUUUUAAACAUACUGUAUGUCUGUAUAGAAAACCAGUUUUCUGCGUGGUAAAAUUAAUGCCAGACUACCAACAGCCAAGGCCAGUUGAAUUUCUGCCAUGUUUAUUAAUAGUUAGGAUGGUGAGAGGGGUGCAGGUGUGAAGCUUUGCCACUUAAGGAGAGGGCCAGUCGACGUCUUACCUGUCGGUGGGUUACGGCAUUGCCAAUGUAUGGUUCAUCACCAACAGCAACAGACAGCUGCAUUUGCUGAUUUAUCUAUAUUGUUGCAUAUACAUUAUUAAUACUAUCGUCUCUUUUAACUACUACUUUUUCUUUUUCCUUUUUACUCCUCAGUUUCUUGGUUGUGUGGAUGCGAGUGAUUGAAUUAGUGUGUAUUAAUGGUCAGCGAAAUUUCCCAUGGUACUAACAAGUCUGUUAAAGUCUGACAGGAACAAAUGUGAGCAUAUCUAGUUUAUCCUUUUUAGUGGUGGAGUUGCAAUAAUUAAUAUAAUACUACUGAUCUGUAAGAGCCAUAGUAAAGGACGGAGAAGAGGGUACCUUUGAUAUUCGUAUGGACAAUACCAGGGAUACCAUGAAAACUUCUAGUCAUUGACCUAACAGAGGUCAGCUUAUGGUAUAGAGGAGGGUUGGGCAAAGUUUUCUUUAUGGGGCUGGUCUCAAAAUUCUGAGCUGUGCAGUGAGGUGGUAAAAUACCCCCAAAAUCCAGGUCAGGUGACUGCACAAUAAAUCUAGUGAUGAUGGAAUGACAACAAAUAAGUAUAUAAUGGCGUUCAAUUUCCAAAUGCAUUGUGUAAAGUGAAGCUGUUUGAAUUUACACACAUUAAAACUUUAAGAUUAGUCAUUCCUUUGAAGGCAGCCGCCCCCGAUGCUCGUAAGCGACUCCAUCAGACGUGAGCUGUGUUAUUUAAUUGUUAUCAUUGUACUUUGUGUUAGAAUGUUGUGGGGUGCCAAUUUCUAAUGCUAUUGUGCUUGAUAAAUUAAAUUUCAAUCAAAAUAAUAGGCUGAAUAGAAAUAUGUAAAUCAAGUGCACUUCACAUUUUGGAAGGAGGGCCAGUUCAAAGUCCUUAGAUUGCCCACCCCUGGUAUAAAGAUACAUGACAGGUUGGGUCUAAUGACAUGGUUGUUGGGUCCUCUGUGUGUGUAGGUGUACUAUUUUCAGAAAAUAUUUAUGCUUUGUGACUGUUUAAUGAAAAUAGUGUGGACUCAUACUUUGGUACAUCUGCAGAUAUUAUCACGACAUAAAUGUUUUUGCUGAGUUUUCAGUUAUGUGCCUUAUUAGCCUCUGUUCAUUCUUUCAUUUGCCUUAGUCAUUAUUGAAAAUCAUUAUUUCAGCACUUACAAGUUGUAGAGAUUAAUGUUUGAUUAAACUUAUGAUUGGUUUUAUAAUUGAAUUUAAUUAUCAUGCAUUUUAUUUUGGAAUUUAAUUCUUUGUGGAGGUUAGGUGAGGUGUCUAAUUGACAAGAUGUACUUAAAGACUUUUUUCUGACUGGUACAAGCUACACUGGCAGUCACUUCUUAGUUCAGUGAAAAGAUUUUUGAAGUACUAGAUGUGAAAGCCUGUUGGGAAUAUACAUUUCAUACUUUUCAUAAGUUUGUAUGGUGGACAUCAGAUUGAGGAGUUGUUUUCAUUUUUUUGUUAAUUUAUUAUCACACACACAGCAUAUUAAUAAACUGUCCGACAGGAUGUUUUAUGCGUAGAGAGCCCACAUUAACUUUCAACAUACCUUGCAUGUACUUACUAUAAUGUCAGCUUGUGUGCAAACAAAUUCUUCCAUAUUGUUGAGCUUUUAUUUUUCUCUAAUACGGGACACUGAGUCAAACAGAUAAUUGAUUCAGUAUGUGCAGAUGAUGUAUAUUUAGAUUAUUACUCAUGGGUGGAUUUAAAAAAAUGUAAAGUUUACAUCCACUUUGAAUACUCCUUAUAUGUAGAGAUAGAAUCAGCUUGCUUUUAAAUGUGGCUUAUUUACAUAUAGCUUUAAUUCUACCCUGGGGGAAUGUGCCUCAGUGCAAAUUUUUUAUUUACAAUUAUGGAUAUAUAUUUUGACGUGCUUUAAUGCUUAAUGUUAACCGAGUGAUCAAAAAAAAAAAAAAAUACAUUUGCUACAUUCUUUGUAGUUCUCUUUUGAAUGACUGGGUGUCCACAAAUUAGUAAGAAAUUGUGGGGAAUGACAUUGUUUGUGAUGACUAGAAAAGUAAAUGUUGGAGAUUUAUCAGCAGCUGGUUAUCAGUAAAGCAGUCUAAGCCAUUUUAUAUUUCAUUGAUGAAUGUACACUGCUCACUCUACUUGGAUACAUACUCAUCAUUUAUUCAUGAUGUCCAUGGAAGCGUACCGUACAUCUAUUCUUCUCUCCCCUUCCUUCUUUCCUCUUACCUGACUCCAGAAAGGGUUGGGGAAGGUAAGGCGAUGAGAGGGAUGCUGCCCUCAGGUAAUGCUGGCCCUGAGAAAAGUAAGGUCUCUAACACCUCACCCUCCUCCCACCAACCUCUCCCCUUCUCAUGAUUAUAUUUUUCUCUACCCUAUGUGAUGUUCUGUGGACAAAUUUUGUAUUCAUGCACUUUCACCAUAAGGAUUAAUCACUAUAUUUUUUUGUCUGAAGUGAACUUUCAUUUUAUUAUUUUCGCCUAUGUGGUAACAUAGAGAUCACUACAGUAGUAAGUCCCCAAAAUGAUGGAUGAAAGUUUAGCAUUUUGCUACAAAUAAUGCUCAACAAAUCAAAUAGUAUUCAUUAUUUUAUCCCUAAUUGUUUAACAGACUGUGCGAAAGAUUUUUUGAGCAAGCAGGUGAAUAGUGUGGCCAAUGUGAAUGCUGGCCAGAUGAAUGCACAUUUGAGUUAUCCAGCAGAAGAGAGAUCUGUGUCUAUGGUUGUUGAAAGAUGGAUUGCUGAAUUAUCAAAAAGAAAACAAAGCAUUAUUUGCUUGCUGCCAUAAUUGUAUGAGCAAAAACA